UUAGCUUACAGAAUUGAACUUAUUCUUAGCAUCUGAAUUGUUUAAUUAUUUUUUUAAGAGUGCAUUAUUAAGCACAAGUGAUCAAUAUCUGAUUUAAUCUGUGUUAUGCAAUACAUGGAUAAGAUUUUAAUCAAAAGUAUUGAAAUUUUAUUGAUUGAUGUAAUAUAUUUAUAAUAAUAACAAAUUACAUAAUAUUUAACUUGGAGAUAAGAUAAAUCAGAUAAGAGUAUAAUUGAUUUGUAUUUAUGAAUACAAUUUUCAUAUGAAAAUGAGACUUUACAUAAUAAAGUUGUAAUCGUUUACAGAUGUACAAUCGUUUAGCUUCCUGAACGCAUCUGAUGCUGCAAAGCCGAAGACAACCCUUUUAUAAAAACAAAACAUAUUGAGCUAAUGUCACUCUGGACUUUUUCUUUCUUAUAAAGUGAGAGACAUGAGAUAAUGACGCUUUUGUAUGUAUAUUUUCUUUCAAUUUCUAACAUUUUCUCAUGCGUCACGCGCGUUACGAUGAUCAAGUACAGUAUCGAAUAGAAAUUGAAUUUAUAUAAACGUUUAUAUAUAGGCAGCAGUCUCUUUAACGACUGAGAGACAUUGUCAGUCGUUUUAUUGUUAUUCACGUGACAAUAAAGCUCUCAAAACAAAAAGCAAAAACUUCAUCCUUUGUUAUUAAUAUUGCUCUUGUAUUGUAUUCCUUAGUUAUAUAAUUUUGUGUACAUGCGCAUUAUCAAGUAAUAUUGAAAGAAAGCGAAUGAAAGAUAAAAGAUCAUUAGUAUACGUGUGGCAAAUAAUGAGUCAUUUGUCCAGGUCCAGAGCUUGUAGUUGUAAGUGAUGAUUAAGGCUUUGAUUGGUUAUCGGAUAGAGAAUUUCUAAAAAGUCCAGUUUCAUCAACAGCAACCAACCAAUAAGUCAAACAGAGCUUCUUGAAUGACUAAUGUAAGAAUGCUCCUUAGGCAAAAAUGUUUAAUGUUUAAUCAUUUUUAGUGCUUAAACAUAAACAUAACAUUAUUUUUUUAAUUAUAAAAAAUUUUUAAUUGUAAUUAUAUUUCAUACACAUUUCAUUAUUCAUCUAUUUGUACAAUUAUACAGAUGCUGAUUACUUUGAAACCAAAAUAAUUAUUAAGAAAUCAGCUGGGGAAAAUUUCUCCACCCAAGUGUUCUUGGAUUAUGACUCAAAACGUCUUCUCUGAGAAAAAUAUUCGAUAGUCAGGUGGAAACCAAUUAAGAACAUUCGUUUUAAAUUUAAAGGUGGUAUCCAUGUGCGGCUGGCUAGGGAAUGAAACGAGACUUCCCCGGGUUAUACAAACUGUAUAAAUACGACCGUACGAUCGACGCACGAUCCACAUCAUCAUAUCUUUUGUUUAGUGUCGACUUCUUUAUUACAUCUACGGACUUCUCUUAUUUUAUAACAAAGAAACAAAAGGAAGGUGUAAUGUACAAAAAUUAAUACGGACAAAAUAAGAGUGACAUUAUAUUAUUAUUAUAUUAUUAUUAUAUUAUUAUUAUAUUAUUAUUAUAUAUAUAAUAGUAUUACUUAAAUAAAUUGUGAAUCUGCAAACAUAUAUACAAAAGUAAGUGAUUUCACAAAAUUGCAUCAUACAAUCAAUUAUUAAAAAUUAAUAAUUGAGUAGAAAGUUAUAACUGUUAAUAGGAAGCUGUCGAAUAAUUCAUCAAACAUAUUAAAAUUUUAGGAUGGCAAAUUCACCAAUUAAUUUACUCCAAGAAUUAUUAAUUAAGCAAGGAUAUGCUCCUGUUUAUGAUUAUGUGGGCACAAAGAAGGAUGGGCUUUAUGAUCAAUUUGUAUAUAGAGUACAGUGUAAAAAAUUCAAUGCUGAAGGUUCAGGAAAUACCAAAAAAGAAGCUAAAAAAAAUGCUGCAGAGAAGAUGUUAUUAUUACUAGCCCAAUAUAAUGAAAUUUCAAUAUCAUCUGCAGUUGCAUUUAAAAAUGUACAGAUUUCUACACCGACAAAGAUAUGUGAACCAAUAUCAUCAUCAAGAAUGGAGACUCAGUCAAGUCCUAAUGUUAACUAUGCUGGGCAGUCAAGUCCUAAUGUUAACUAUGCUGGGCAGUCAAGUCCUAAUGUUAACUAUGCUGGGCAGUCAAGUCCUAAUGUUAACUAUACUGGGCAGUCAAGUCCUAAUGUUAACUAUGCUGGGCAAUCAAGUCCUAAUGUUAACUAUGCUGGGCAGUCAAGUCCUAAUGUUAACUAUGCUGGGCAGUCAAGUCCUAAUGUUAACUAUGCUGGGCAGUCAAGUCCUAAUGUUAACAAUGUUAAACAGUCAAGUCCAAAUAUUAACAAUGUUAAACAGUCAAGUCCUAAUGUGAACAAUGUUAAACAGUCAAGUUCUAAUGUUAACAAUGUUAAACAGUCAAGUCCUAAUGUUAACAAUAUUAAACAGUCAAGACCUAGUAUUAACUAUGUUGGGCUGUUGCAAGAAUUUUGUGUACAACAAAAAUUAUCGGUUCAAGUUUUGUAUAAAGUUGUUGACGAUAGUGGACCGGCUCAUAUGAAAACUUUUACAAUAGAAGCCAGUGUGGGAUCUUUACAUGCAAAAGGUACAGCGCAAUGUAAAAGAAUUGCCAAACAAGAAGCUGCAAAUAAAUUGCUACAACUUUUACAUCCUAAUAUAAAUAAGGAGGAAAAUAAAUUAAAUUCAAAACAAUUGACCAAAAAAGAACUCGAGGAUACUAUACGAAAAUUAGGUGUAGACAUAAAAGAAAGUGUGAUUGACAAGCCAAAAUUACCAGUUGUACAUAAUUCAAAAAAGGAACAAGAAUUGUAUAGGAAAUAUACCCAUAAGGAACAUAAAGUGACCGGAUCGGGCUUUUCACUCCAAAAUAUUCAUAAUACAUUCGAAGAAACUUAUUCCAGUAAAAUUUCCUAUAAUAUAAGGAAAAAAAUAAAAACUGUACGGGACACAAGUACAAAUGACGCAUAUAUAAUAGAAGAAGUCGUGCAAGCUAUACAAAAUGCAUUGAACGUCAAGAUAGAAAAAGGUACCUUACCCAGCCUAUCGAAAGAAAACUAUUUGAUAUACUUACGCCUGUCAUCUCGUCCUAUUAUUGCACAAUGUGGCAUAGGUAAAACUAAACGUAUAGCAGAGAUUCAGGCAAUGUAUAACAUUAUUGUGACUAUAUCAACACUAUUAAACAUUUCUUGAUAUAUAUGCAUGUUUAAAAUAACAAAUAAGAAAUGACUAUUUUUUUUUCUUAAUUGUUGCAUUAAAUAAUAGACGAUAUUUUAAUGAUAGAUGAAUAAAAUUAGAAAUGUAUAUAUUCAA